AUCUAUCGGGAGCCUAUUCUGGGUGGCCGGCAGCCGGCAAAUCUCCAAGGCAGGGGAGGAUCCAGAAAUCGUGAAAUACAUAUGUGUAGCCAGGAGAACCGCGAUGCUCGUUCGUGGACACAGCUGUCGUCGUCAAAGAUAUCGCUAAUUCAUAGUAUCUCAAAACUGCGAAGAUGAAGUGGCUCUCUCUCACUUUGGCUCUGGCCGUGCCUUCUCAGGCUGCGCUUCGAUUCGGAUGUUCUACUCUGACCAUUCAGCGUCUCGACCCUCUCGUAGAGCCUGGCGCAGUUCCGUCUGCUCAUCUUCACCAGAUCGUCGGUGGUAAUGCCUUCAACGCGUCAAUGGACCCUGCGGCCGGAGACCUCGGCGACAAAGGAACCUGCACGACGUGUACCUUCUCCGAAGAUUUCUCGAACUAUUGGACUGCGGUCAUGUUCUUCAAGCACCCCAACGGAACCUACAAGAGAGUUCCCAUAAUGCAGAACACUGCUCUGCCUAACGGUAUCAACGGAGGAAUGACGAUAUACUACACCCAACAGGACUUUUCGUCCAACGGAAACCAGAAGAUCACCGCCUUCAAGCCCGGUUUCCGAAUGACUAUCGGAACACCCACCUCAACCAGCAAAUUCGGCCCCGGCCUGAAAUUCGUCUGCCUCCAAAACAAGGGCACUCGAUUCCCCGAGCUCGACGACUUCCCCACUAAGCCAUGUACCGGCGGUAUCAUGACUGUUCACCACUUCCCCGCAUGCUGGGAUGGCAAGAACCUCGACAGCCCCGACCACCAGUCGCACAUGUACAACACAGUGAAGGAUGCCUUCCAGAACUCCGGUCCUUGCCCGGCAUCUCACCCCGUCCGCGUACCCCAAGUAGCGUACGAGACCCUAUGGGACACGACCGCAUUUAACAACAUGUGGCCCACGGACGGCUCGCAGCCAUUCACCCUCAGCUACGGCGACAACAAGGGCUACGGCACCCACGCCGACUACGUGUUCGGCUGGAAGGGCGACUCGCUCCAGAAGGCCAUGGACUCCUCGUGCAUGUUCCAGGCUUGCGAGAACGGAAACCCGCUUAAGUCGCAGGCCGUGGCGCAGAUGAACCAGUGCAAUGUCCCGAAGACCGUCAACGAAGACAUUGAUGGAUGGCUCACCUCCAUGCCCGGAAUGUAAACGUUGCGAAAUACUUAACUAGGAGGGGUGGGGUGAAAAGAAGGUCAAUCGGAUCGUUUAAUAUUCGAAAAAAAAUCUUUUUCCGACCUAUCGGCGCUCACGCUCCUCGUUAACCCAAGACUGCUAUAUACCAAACGCUGGAAGGAGCGUGUUUUGUUUAGGGGGUCAUCGAGGCGUAGUCUAAUAGAGCGGUGGUAGCUAUCCUUCAUUAGAGCUCAG